AGAAGAAGAAGAAGAAGAAGAGAUCGCUCCUCGCUUCUCGAAUAAGACACUUGGGAUGCGGCUUAAGACCCAGGGAAAGACGCGAGUUAGGUAAACGUGGAUGCAAAGACUUGAGAUGCAGCUUUGGGAUGCAGCUCAUGAUACAGCUAUGGAGCAUUCCUUUGUAAACAUGGGCUGUUCUAACUCCGCCAACUGAUUGGACGGCCGACUUGUCUGUCAAACUGGCUCACGAGGCCUCGCGCACUCGGCCCAUUUUCUCAUUCGCCACCGGAAGCUGCUGACAGCUGGCUGGUGCGAUGGACAGAGUGGAGACAGAGCAGAGGGAUGAACCACAGACAGACUUCAUCUACUGUCACAGAGCCGUCACAGAGGUCCUGAAGUUUGGCUCCUGUCAGUUCAACUCUGGGCACAAAGUGCUCUUUCUCAUCAUUCCAGGUAACCCAGGUGUAGUGGGCUUCUACAAAACCUUCAUGCGGACCCUCCACAGGAAGUUAGGAUACCACCACCCAGUGUGGGCAGUGAGCCAUGCCGGCCACUGUGUACCUCCAGACUCCAUGGACAUGGUAGAAGAUGCCUCCUCAGCAGCUGAGUAUGAUGUGUUUGGUCUGGACGGGCAGAUUGAACACAAGCUGGCCUUCCUCAGGAGACAUGUUCCCCGAGACACCCGCCUGGUCCUGCUGGGACACUCCAUUGGCUGCUACAUUAUCCUGGACAUGAUGAAAAGGAAUCCUGAACUCAAUAUUCUUAAGUCCAUCAUGCUGUUUCCCACCAUCGAGCGCAUGGCUCAGACUCCUCAGGGGAAGGUCAUGACCCCUGUGCUGUGUGGACUGCGUUACGUGGCCUACCUGCCUCUCUUCCUGCUCUCUCUGCUUCCUGAAGCCCUCAAAGCAGGCCUGAUCCGACUGGCGUUAGGCGGCAUCUGCUCUCUGGACCACACUGUAGUACAACCGACUGUAGGUCUACUCAGUGGAGACUGUGCUGCCAAUGCAAUGUACAUGGGGGGUCAGGAAAUGAAGAAAGUAUUGGAAAGAGACGACUUAACCAUCAAGAAAAACCUGGAAAAGCUGAUAUUUUAUUAUGGAGCGACCGACCACUGGUGCCCUGUUCAGUAUUAUCAUGACAUCAAGCAGGACUUUCCACACGGAGACUUCAGACUGUGUGAGAACGGGUUCCGCCAUGCCUUCGUCCUCGAUGCAGGGCGAGAAGUUGCCCAAAUGGUGUCUGAAUGGAUCAGUGUGGAUUUUAGGACAUGAGUUUCUUCUUCUAUUUCGGUAUACUCCUCCACAUCCGUCUGACACUUUGGGACCAGGAACUUUUUAUGAGCAGAGAUAAUGCAAUGGAUUUGACUAUGCAAGCUUAGUGGCGAAGAUACAUUAUAUAUUGAAUUAAAUACAUAUUAUCAAAUUA